AAUCUAGCAAAAACGGUGAUGAGUUUGAUCAGAUCAGUAGUGCUUCUGCAGGUGAUGAUCUUGUUUAAUGUUAUGUUGACAGCAAAAGCUUCAACACCAGCAAUGGCAAAACCCAGCUGCCCAAGCCGCUGCGGCGAUGUUAUCAUCCCUUACCCGUUCGGCACCCGCGGCGAUUGCAACAUCACCGAAAGAUUUUUCAUCACAUGUAACACUAGUGUCACACCCAACAAACCCUUCCUAUCCACCUCUAACAUCGAAGUCAUCGACAUAUCCCUUGAAGACGGUCAGUUGCGAAUCCUCAGUAAUUCAAGCUAUGAUUGUUACAACACCUCGGGAUCUAGGAGACGGUAUUACUAUUUUCUCCAGCUCGGACUUCGUGGAAUUUCAAUAAACAAUGCCAAGAACAGGUUCACCGCAAUCGGCUGCGACACCUAUGCUCGGGUGGAAGGUUUCCGAGGACAACGUUAUGCAACCGGUUGCUUGUCGUUAUGUAAUAAUAUCACCGAUGUUUCGAACGGAUCUUGCUCCGGGAUCGGCUGCUGUCAGACGAGUAUCCCGAAGGGUGUGAUGAGCUAUUUCAUCACUCUCGAAAGCUAUGAUAACCAUACCGAUGUAUUGCCCGAAAACCCCUGCAGUUAUGCAUUUGUUGCUGAGAAUGAUAACUACACCUUCUCUAGUUCAGAUAUUCGCGGUUUCGGUUUCCAAAACAGGAAGUUUCCGGUCACUCUUGAUUGGAGAAUCGGGACUACGAGUUGCGACGAAGCAAAGAUGGAUGCCACGAAUUUCGGAUGCAAGGAGAAUAGUGAUUGCGUUGAUUCAGAAAAUAACUCUGGAUAUUUCUGCAAGUGUAUCCGGGGUUACGAGGGGAACCCUUACCUCUCCAAUGGAUGCCAAGAUAUAAACGAGUGUGAAACCAUGAGUCCUUGCAAUGGAACUGCAACAUGUAUCAAUUUACAAGGAACAUAUAACUGUUCAUGUCCGGUGGGCUAUGAAGGCGACGGUCGGAAAAAUGGAACUGGUUGCAGUUUACCCUACAAGGAUCAGUCCAAGAGAUCUCCCCUUAUUAAUGUUGCUCUAGGAACUAGCAUUGGGCUUAUUGGUCUCCUCUUGGGGAUAAUAUUGCUGCACUGGAUGCUCAGGCGAAAACAGAUUUCUAAACUAAGAGAAGAAUACUUUCAGCAAAAUGGUGGUAUUUUGUUGCGGGAACAGCUUUCGAAGCGACGAGGGUACCGGGAAGAUGUUAAAAUAUUUGCAGCAGAGGAACUCGAGAAGGCCACAAACAAUUACCAUGAAAGCAGAAUCUUAGGACGAGGAGGGCAGGGGACAGUGUACAAGGGUAUAUUAGCCGAUAAUCGAGUGGUUGCCAUUAAAAAGUCGAUAAUCGGAGACCCGAGCCAGGUUGAACAAUUCAUUAAUGAAAUCACGGUGCUCUACCAGAUCAACCACAGGAAUGUUGUCCAACUCCUAGGAUGUUGUUUGGAGACACAGGUUCCACUUUUAGUCUAUGAAUAUAUCACCAAUGGAACCCUCUUUCACCAUUUACAUAAUGAUGAUGAUGCCUCCUAUCUUCCGUGGGAGACUCGUUUGAGAAUCGCCACCGAAACGGCGGAAGCCCUUUCGUAUUUACACUCCGCCGCUUCAGUUCCGAUCAUUCAUCGAGACAUCAAGUUGGCAAACAUACUGUUAGAUGACAAUUACAUCGCAAAAGUUUCUGAUUUCGGGGCUUCGAGAUUGAAUCCAUCGGACCAGGCACAAAUAACUACAAUCGUACAAGGAACUUUCGGCUACCUCGAUCCUGAAUACAUGCUUACAAGCCUUUUGACCGAGAAGAGCGAUGUUUACAGCUUUGGGGUUGUGCUUAUGGAGUUACUAACAACACAAAAGGCGGUCUGCUUCAAAAGAUCAGAACAAAACCGAGUUUUGGCAAUGUACUUUGUUUCUUUGAUGAAAGAAAACCGCCUGCUCGACAUUCUUGAUCCUCGGGUGCUUAACGACGAAAACAUCGGGCAAAUUAAGGAAGUUGCGGCUUUAGCAAGAAGAUGCGUGAGAGUGCAGGGAGAAGAAAGGCCAACAAUGAAGGAAGUUGCCCAUGAAUUAGCAGGACUGCAAGCAAUGCCUAAACAUCCUUGGAGUGAAAGUAAGCUAAUAGGAGAAGAAGCCAAAUACUUGCUCGGUGACUUGAACAACACUUACGAUGAUGGUGCGACGAGCAGCUCGAUGGGGUACGAUAGCAUUAAUAACAAAUUCACAUUUGAGCUACAAGGUGCUCGUUGAUUAUGUAAUCAGAUUUUCUUUCUUA